GAGUUCGUCGUGCAAUUAAGCACCUAUGAUCAAUUUAUUAUGUUUGUGCAACAUUUUUUUCAUUGAAAGGCAUGUAGGAUGGCAUUGCAACGACAGGACAUGGUCAUGCACUCAUGCUGGCAUGCUGCUACCUUGCUGCUAGGUGUUUGGCGUAAUAGGAUAGGACUUUGAUCACAUCUCACACAUCCAGAUUGCCUGAUAAGUCAACCGCAACACUUACUACUGCACCUAAAUUAUCAUUCUGGUUAUUUACUUCUCUAUCACCUUCCUGAUAAGUUAAUGUGAUGUGCGCCAUUCGUGGAUUUGGCAGCGUAUGCUCAUAUUAGAUAAUCAUCCUUGUUGCUUCCUUACCAUUUUGAGAAAGCUUUACUUCUCUGCCAACCUUUCCAUCCAUACAAAGCAACUGUGAAUUGUGAUGAGUUAUGUUAGUCUCUUACAAGAACUGUAUAAAAGGGUGACUGGCUUUAUAGAGAAGGACACUAUCACUCACUCUUCUCGCUAAAGAAUGAUGUCCAACGGCAAGCCGACAGAAAACAGUGAUUCUUCUUACAUGUCAGGCAUACUGGCCAGCUGUCUACUCAGGGCAAUGCAGCCGACAAGGAGUUUACUUCGCUGGACCGACGAUCUCCAUAAGAUCUUCGUGGAAGCUGUAGAGUAUCAAGGAGGCCCCUAUGAGGCGAAGCCAACUGCGGUGAAGCAGAGAAUGGAAGCUAUGGGAGUCACAGGCCUGACAAUCUGGAACAUAAAAAGCCACCUCCAAAGAUACAGGGAGAAGUGCAAUUUAGGAGCCGAAUCUCCUCGGGAUGUCCUAGGCACUGCAUCACCAAGCAAGGCAGGAGAUAAUGUGACAUCUGAGGCCGAGACGGUGGUGGACAAUGAUGCAGCAAUGAAUCUGACUGGAAUGGAGAUGGCGACCUAUUUGCUUAUGGAUGACACGGAGAUGGUGGAUACCGCAUUUUCUGCAGAUCAGUUGCAGAUGAUGGAGAAGGAAUUGAUGAAUGCAAUCCAGGCAUGAAUGAAUUGUGCAGCAUUGUUCUCGGAAAACCUAGUUACCAUCUUGUUCCUUGUAAGAUGAGGUGCGCCGCCCCCUGUGAAAAAUGAAUUUAACGUCGUUUGUGUGCACAUGUCCCGCAUAUCAAAUAUUAAACUGAUAAGAACUGCUUCGCGGUCGGACAGUCGGCAGCCGUAUGUUUA